AUGCCCCUCGAGAAGCCCUUCCUGCACGCCGGGACGGCGGGCUGGCGGACCUGGUCGACCAGGAAGAAAAUCCUGGUGGUCUCACUAGUUUUACUGCUCAUUCUGGCCAUCGCAAUCGGUCUGGGUGUAGGACUGGGCGUUGGCCUCAACAACAACAACAACGGAGAGGAGCAGCCCUCGACUCCAACACCGUCCCCGACGCCUCCCUCUGGCAUUAAUACGACCACCUGGCAGCCCAAGGUGCGCACGACGUGGCAAAUCGAGCUGCUCUACCCGCUGAACGACACCUCUGUCGACGCAGAGGUGUACGACAUUGACCUGUUCAACAACACCGUCUCGACGAUCCAGCAGCUCCAUGCCCUGAAACGCCGGGUGAUCUGCUACUUCUCCGCGGGCAGCUACGAGGACUGGCGGCCCGACGCGGAUCAAUUCAAGUCUUCUGACUUGGGCAAGACGCUGCAGGGCUGGAGCGACGAGAAAUGGCUGGACAUCCGGUCGUCGAACGUGCGGCGGAUCAUGACGGCGCGGCUGGACCUGGCGCGCGAGAAAGGCUGCGACGGCGUCGAUCCGGACAACGUCGACGGCUACGACAACGACAACGGCCUGCACCUGACGCAGGACGACUCGAUCGACUACGUCAACUUCCUGGCGGACGAGGCGCACGCGCGCAACCUGUCGAUCGGGCUGAAGAACGCGGGCGACAUCAUCCCGUCCGUCAUCGGCAAGAUGCAGUGGAGCGUCAACGAGCAGUGCGCGCAGUACCAGGAAUGCGACACGUAUGCAGCCUUCAUUGACGCGGGAAAACCCGUAUUUCACAUCGAGUACCCGAAAGGUGACGACACGAAUAACGACCUGCCGGUCUCUACGGGCGAGAAGAUCAAGGCGUGUUCGUUUGAGGGCGCGGCGAAUUUCUCCACCAUUAUCAAGAAUAUUGAUCUCGACAACUGGAUCCAGACUUGCUAG